UCGGGCCGCCGGGCGGGCUCGCCGGCGGUGGCAAGGCCCGAGGGAUCGCCGGCUGCUGGCGGGCCGACCUGCAGCGUCCCUGGUCUCUCCAGCCCUCUCCCGGGACCGUACGUGCGGACUCACCCACCCCGGCGGCGGGAACUGCCCUCGGACUCGUCCUUGGGGCCUGCGCAGGAGGGAGGGCCAGUGGCAAAAUCCCCAUCCCCAGGGCUGGACCACUCUCUACAGCUAGGAGCCAAUGGCAGGAGAGAGAACCAAACCCUGUGAGCUGGACCAAAAUAAAUAUGAUGCUGAUGAGAACGUGAAGAUUAUCUGCCUGGGAGACAGCGCGGUAGGAAAGUCAAAACUCAUGGAGAGAUUUCUCAUGGAUGGAUUUCAGCCACAGCAGCUGUCCACAUAUGCCCUGACCCUGUACAAGCACACUGCCAUGGUAGACGGCAAGACCAUCCUUGUGGACUUUUGGGACACGGCAGGCCAGGAGCGGUUCCAGAGCAUGCAUGCCUCCUACUACCACAAGGCCCACGCCUGCAUCAUGGUGUUUGAUGUGCAGAGGAAAGUCACCUAUAGGAACCUGAGCACCUGGUAUGCAGAGCUUCGGGAGUUCAGGCCAGAGAUCCCGUGCAUCGUGGUGGCCAAUAAAAUCGAUGGUGGGGCCAUCCCUUUACCUGAGUGUCAGCACAGUGUCAGCACAUUCUCCACACAUUUUCUCCUCCUUGCCUGGGAUAUAAGCAUGACCCAAAAAAACUUCAAUCUUGCCAAGAAGCUAUCCCUGCCCAUGUACUUUGUUUCAGCUGCUGAUGGUACCAACGUUGUGAAGCUCUUCAAUGAUGCAAUUCGAUUAGCUGUUUCUUACAAGCAGAACUCCCAGGACUUCAUGGAUGAGAUUUUGCAGGAGCUUGAGAACCUCAAGUUGGAGCAGAAAGAGGAGGGUGUGCCAGACCAAGAGCUGAGUGGCAGCAUCAAGACCCUAUCAGAGGAGACUGUCUCUCCCCACAGCUGAGGGCUGGGGGUGGGCAGAGCCCUUUCAACAUACCCAUCCCUCCAGCAACCCUCCAGCCAUCCCCUGUUCUACCUCCUGCAAACCCACCCAUUCCAUUGGCCUCCCACAUUCAUGGCCUGUGAUACAGGGAUGAGAUCAGCACCAGUAAACUCUGGACAGGUGCAAGAAGUCCACACCAGACCUUGAAGCAGAAAUAGGGGUCAAUAUCAUUAACACCUUCUCCAGACCCCUGACUAGACAGUGUAGAGAAUCAGGGAGCAUAGUUGUAUAUCUCUUUAAUAAAAGGAAAUUUAAAAGUG